AUGUCGAACCCACAUAACCUCAUUCCUAAACCUUCUUCAUCACCAUCUCAAGACGAUUCACCUACACCAAAUAUUGCAGAAUAUAUUAAAUCAAUUCCUUCAUGGUCACCUGAAGAACAAAUGAUAUUAGAAGAUAAUAUGAAACGAUAUCCUGCUUCACAAAAUGCUGAAUUUAAACGACUCACAUUAUUAAUGACAAAUUUACCUAAUAAACGAUUAAGAGAUGUUUCAUUACGUGUAAAAUAUAUGAAAGCAAAAGAAAAACAAGAUAUUAGUUGGGAGAGUUUUCUUCAUUCUUCUUUCGGUCAACAAAGGGUUGAAGUAUCUCCUUCUCAUUCUAUUAAAUCUCCUCGUGCUACUCCUACUGAUCGUGAUGACCAACCUAAACGUUCUAGACGUACUCCAAUUAGAAUAAAAAAAGAUGAUGAUGAUUUGUCUAUGUCAAGUAAUUCAAAUCAAGUUUCUUCUGUUAAUUCUUCUACUAUAAAUGUUAGAGAUGCUAAUUCAAUGUCAAUAUCUUCUAAUGCCCCUCCUCCUUUAGUUACUACUAUGGCUCAACCAAUCACAAUUCAACACCCACAAAUUCAAGUCGCUCCACAACCUCGUGUCACAGUUCCUCAAUCUGCUGUUAUAUCUCAACCCCCUAACCCUUCUUAUCCUCGACCAAAUGUCUUUCCACAAAACUCUUAUUUACCAUCUUCAAUAGGAAGGACAGCUCCAAUAAUGUAUCAAACACGUGAUAGAGGUUAUACUUUAGAUGACCAAACAUGUGACCAUUUGAUUGGUGAAAAUGAACGAUGUUUAGAAGCGAUAACAGCAACAGUCAUGAGAAAACAAGGAGACUUCGGUGAUUGUAUUUCAGUCUUUAGCUCUAAUGUCAAUAGAUUACUUCAAAUCACAGAAAGAAUGACUGCUAAUCUUCCAUUAUUUUAUUUCUCCCCAAUAAACAUCAACCCACCUAAAUUUAAAAAGGUAGAUUUACCUCAAGAACCAAUAAGAAUUCAACCAACUUAUGGAUUGGAAUUUCAAUUAGGAAAAAAUUAA